CAUACACACACACGCAUUUUACAUCAGUUCGUCGCUGGAUGAUGUGGGAGCCGCUGGAGAAUAAAGGGCUCGUACUUUAGAGUGAGGCAGCGCCAGAGCGAAACUCCGUGUGCCGGGCAGAGAGAUAGAGGAAGGGGGAGUGGGCGAAAAGGGAUUGCCUAGCUUUGGCCCGAGCACGGCACACAAGCGAUGGACAGCAUGCAGGAUGCUUCUCCCUGCGCCUCGGGCCAGUGGCUGGCGGCUCUGCUGCUCACUCUCUGCUCCUUGUUGCCCACUUGCCUCCCGGCAGCUCAGAGCGUGGAUUUCCCUUGGCCAGCUGUGGACAACAUCAUGGUGCGGCAGGGAGACACGGCCAUCCUCAGGUGCUAUCUUGAAGAUGCUGCUUCAAAGGGAGCGUGGCUGAACCGGUCCAGCAUCAUUUUCGCAGGGAAUGACAAAUGGUCCGUGGAUCCACGGGUAUCUAUCGCAUCAGGUGGUAAACGGGAAUAUAGUCUGCAGAUUCAGAAAGUAGAAAUCACUGACGAUGGCCCAUAUACCUGCUCAGUCCAGACCCAGCAUAAUCCUAAAACAUCACAAAUGCAUUUGAUAGUACAAGUUCCUCCAAAAAUAUUUGACAUCUCUACCAGCUCUGUCGUGAACGAAUUCAGCAAUAUCACUCUAUAUUGUCUAGCAAGUGGAAAACCAGAGCCAACUAUAACCUGGAAACAUAUAUCCCCAUCUGCAAAAGAUUUUGACAGUGAAGGCGAGUACCUGGAGAUUAUUGGCAUUACUCGGGACCAGGCUGGCAACUAUGAAUGUCUCGCAAACAACGACGUGUCGUCUCCAGAUACACGAACAGUCCACAUUACAGUGAACUACCCUCCUGCAAUAAUGGAAAUUAAGAGCCCUGGAAUGGUACUGGGUAAAGGAGGAUUGUUGCGAUGUGAAGCUUUAGCAGUUCCUGCAGCAGCCUUUGAAUGGUACAAAGGAGACAAAAAGUUGGCCUCUGGAAGGCAGGGGAUUCAAAUCAAGAACUUCAGUACCAGAUCAAUUCUCACUGUUACCAACAUUACAGAGGAUCACUAUGGCAACUACACGUGCGUGGCUGCUAAUAAGCUUGGGACAAGUAGUGCUAGUCAUUUUCUACACAUGCCAAGCACAGAGCAUUAUUGGAUCCCCGGCAGUGCUGAAAUUAUUUUAUCCUGGUGGUGCCUGGUGAUGGCAUUAUCCUGUCUGGUCAGCAUAUACUAGCAAAGCAGGAAGUGUGCAAGGUGCAGUGAACAAAAAGAACCACGAAGAAGUUCAAGAAUCUCUUCCAAGUGCUGGGAACUGGAUACAAUCUGGUACAGUUCAUUCACAGAAAAGUGUGAGAAUCAACUAGCAGUACAAACACAGGGAUGUGAACCUUUCCUAGGAUUACUGAUUCUGUAAAUGUCUAAAUUGUAUUCUUUUCAGGUUAUCAUCAAGGUCUAACAUUGAACUCAUUGUCCUCUAUCAUGCUUUGUAGGCUGUGGAAGUUACUUUUUAAGAACAUAUAUUGUAAUAUCUUGCAUAUAAGCUGCAAUGCUUCACAAACUAGGUUAACACCCCCUAAGGUGCUGAAUACAUGCAAGAAAAAUAUGGCACUUGCAUGAGAUCUUAUAACCUGCAAUAUGAUUUAAUCUUCAUCAUUGUAGCAUAAGGUCAGCAAGCAUUCAAUGAA